UUGGUCUUAUCACUGUUCGGCGCUAUAUCCCCCAGGACGCUCACUGGCUGUCUUGAUGUAUACGCAUUGCGUCUUCUUGACGAACAAUGGCAAGAAAAAGGCAUAUCUUUGUAUGGCACUGUUGUGCUUGCGGCCAAGCCUCGAACAACAUUGGUGUUGGACACUGCAUAAGAUGUGGACACGGGAGAUGUGCCUAUUGCCAAACCGAAAAAGUCCAAAUACGGGCCGCUAUAUCCGUCACAAGGUUGAAGUACUGUUUAUAUCAAACUAUCGACGAAUCGACCCGGUCUUUCGGUACAGCGCGGCCAACGUACAGUACAGUUUUGAGAUACAGAGCUCCCCAGCAGUAUCACCAUUCCGGAUCGCGUACGGCAGCAGCUGUUGCCACCGCUAUGGCGGAGAGCUUUGAGAGCUUGGAUCACCCGUCAUCAGAAGCUGGCUCUAUCAUCGAUCCCCACGCCUGGCCGGGAGACCUACAAGCCUACGGAACUUGUUUCCCUAUUGCCUGGACUCGCCUUGUCUCAUCGCGCUUCGGCUAAAAAGUUAAGAGCAAGGCACAGUUACUUAGGAAGCGCAAAAUCGCAGCUAUUUAGCGAGACUUCAAAUAAUAUUCGUCGACGACAACCUACUCACAAGUAAGAAGAUGUAUAAGCGGCAGAAACGCACGUCGCAGCUUGACGAGUACUUUGACAGCCUCUAUGACGACAAGCUAGCUGCAUCUUCGUCUCCAGAUCUCUAAAAGCUCCUACAGGAUCCACACUGGUGGACGGAAGUAGGUCAAAAACGCUACCCAGUCGUAU